GAACAGUUUCGGACAAAACCAAAUGCUAACACAAAUGGCCUCAAAUGUCGGAAAUCGAAUCCGAUUCCUGAGUUUCGGGAAGCUUCCACACGUAUCUGCUUCACUGUUGAGCACCACCCAGAAUCCUCGUAGCCUAUCCCUUCUUCUCCUUCGUCCUCCUGUUCUUCCGUUUCGGCGUCGUUUCGUCUCCAUCGUUCAUCGUGGUCCUCUGCUUUGGAUUCGAUCAUCUCCUCCUCUAUCCUCCAUGUCAUCUCAGGCUGAAUCUGGGGCUCCUCAACAAUCCGAUUGUUCAAAAACGGUGAGGAUGGUGAUAAAGGGAAGAGUACAGGGAGUUUGCUACAGGAACUGGACCGUUGAGAAUGCGGAGCAGCUCGGGAUUAAAGGAUGGGUGAGGAACCGCAGGGACGGUUCAGUGGAAGCGGUCUUCUCUGGACCAACUGAAGCUGUGGAAGAAAUGCAGCAGAGGUGCCGCCGUGGUCCUCCUGCAGCCAUGGUUACUGGAUUGGAGGCUUUCCCAUCCACUGAAGAACCAGAAACAGGUUUCGAAUACAGAUCAACUGUCUGAUUCGAGGGUUCCUUGAAUGUUGCAGUGGUUACUUAUGGAUAUAAUAAAGUUGUAACAAGGCUUAGAUUGACACACGUAUUUUGAUCAAUUUGCUCUGGCCUGGGUCGUGUUUUAAAAAACUUGAUAGCAACUCAAUAAAAGAGAUUCAUUACCGUUUC